AUUAUUAGAUUAGACGAAAGAGAAGGGAAAAGAAAAAAAAUAAAAAAGUAGAAAAACCAAGAAGUCAAGAAAGCAAAAAUACCUGGUAUGUUGAUUAUUCCAUGCGUCCCUGACCCACUCUUCUCUCUUUUAUAUAUGUAACUGACGUAACCAUACCAUGUAUUAAUUAAUACUAAUAACAACAAUAAUAAUCCUUAAUAAAAGCAAUGUGAAGAGCCAAGUUGAAAGAAGAAGAUUGGGAAAUCGAAGCAAGGUUGUUUUGGAUCUCGAAAUUAAAACCACCUAAAAUAUAAAUAAAUAUUGAGCUGUUUGAAGGCAACAGAAAAUGAAGACUUCUCUGAGAAGAUUGCGAGGGUUUGCACUUCACAAUCACAAGCACGGUGGCGAAACCAAGGACCGAAAAGAUCUUCGACCUUUGCCUCAAUUGGACGACCUCGCUCUCGCUUCUCAGGAUAUGCAGGAUAUGAGAGAUUGCUACGACAGCUUACUUUCUGCAGCUGCAGCAACUGCAAAUAGUGCUUUCGAAUUCUCAGAGUCAUUGCGGGAAAUGGGUGCUUGUCUUCUUGCGAAAACUGCAUUAAAUGAUGAUGAAGAAAGUGGUAAAGUAUUACUAAUGCUUGGAAAAGUACAGUAUGAACUCCAGAAACUUGUUGACAGCUAUCGGUCUCAUAUAUUCCAGACUAUCACAAGCCCAUCAGAGUCCCUUCUUAAUGAACUUCGAACAGUUGAGGAGAUGAAGCGGCAAUGUGAUGAAAAAAGAAAUGUGUACGAGUACAUGGCAAUGAGACACAAAGAAAAAGACAGAUCAAAAAGUGAGAAGGGGGAGAAUUUCUCCAUGCAGCAAUUACAAGUAGCACAUGAUGAAUAUGAUGAGGAGGCAACUUUAUUUGUUUUUCGAUCAAAAUCUCUAAAGCAAGGACAAUCAAGAAGCCUUCUUACGCAAGCAGCACGACACCAUGCUGCUCAGCUGAACUUUUUUAAGAAGGCUCUUAAGUCUCUUGAAGAAGUAGAACCGCAUGUGCAGAAAAUCACUGAACAGCAGCAUAUUGAUUACCACUUCAGUGGACUUGAAGAUGAUGAAGCAGAAAAUGGUGAUGAUGAUAACAACUAUGAAAAUGAUGAUGACGAUGAUGAUAGUGAUGACAAAGACAAUGGGGAUGAUGGUUAUGACCAUGAUGAUGGUGAAUUGAGCUUUGACUAUGGACAAAAUGACCAAGAUCAGAACCUGGUUCCUACAUCACGACACUCAAUGGAGUUGGAUCAAGUAGGCCUUACAUUUCCCCAAGUUGCAAUGGUGGAGGCUGCAAAGGAAAAUCUAGAAAGAAGCCGCCGCCAUUCUUUUUCAUUUAGAGGGGAAAUAAGAAACAGCAGCCAAUCAGCCCCUCUCUUUGCUGAGAAUAAAUGUGGACCUUCUGAGAAAAUUCAACCGUUGUUGGCACGAAAGUUCAGCUCAUAUGUAUUACCUACACCAGUUGCUACAAAAGGUUCUAUUGGCUUAGUGAAGCCAGCUCCUCGAUCUUUAAAGAUAGGUUUGAAUGAGCAUUCAAACAAUUUGCGGCAUUCAUCUCCGCUUGAGCAUAAGAAAUAUGAGAGGAUUUUGGGAGAUGAGAAAAUUUCUGGAUCUGCUGUUAUAAAUGCACAGUCAGUACUGAGAGAGAGCAGUAAUCCUGCUGCUUCGACUGGACUACCCCCUCCUUUGGCUGAUAGGGUUUUAUUCUCCCGAGUUAGUCCAAAUGCUGCCUCUGAUCCCAAGAAAAUCAAAAGACAAGCCUUUUCUGGUCCCUUGACAAGUAAACCAUGGCCUACCAAACCUGUUUCACUGGAAAAUCCCCUAUUGUUCUCGGGGCCAAUUUUGAGAAACCCAAUGCCACAACCGCCAGCUGCAUCUCCAAAAGUAUCAACGAGUACUUCCCCUACUAUUGUGUCCUCACCUAAAAUAAGUGAACUUCAUGAACUUCCUAGACCUCCAGCCAGUUCAGCUUCCAAGGCUUCAAGACCUUUAGGCUUGGUUGGUUAUUCAGGCCCCUUGAUGCCUAGAGGUCAAGGGCUCUCUGCUACAAAUAAAUCAGCGGUUUCAAGAGCUGCCUCUCCACUGCCUCAACCUCCACAGGUUGUUACUCGCAGUUUCUCCAUACCCUCAAGCUCUCACAGAGUGAUGUCAUUACCUGUGUCCAAGCCGCUGGAAACUGCUAUCAGUUCAGGGAUGUCUCAAGAUAUUGCCUCACCUCCUUUGACACCAAUAUCCUUAUCUCGAAUCCAGCCAUCAUCAACUAGUUCGUAGACUGUUGAUAGGAGCUGGUUGAUUAUAUCUAAUUCUAAUACUGAUUUCAUUCCUGGCCUACGGGGGCUACGAUUGUCUUAGCCAUAUCGUACAGGUGCAGAUGCGCAUAUAUCCUUUUCUUUAACUUUAUCACUGUUAUAUAUUUUAGCCGCUACUUGUCUAUUGUGAUAGACGCUCAGCAUGAAUCAGUCAAAUACAUGCCAUUUGUUCCAUCAUUUUUGAGAAAUUUUGCAUUUUCUCCAAGGCAUUAAUAGAUAAUUCAAUUCUUUUAGCCUAUGCAAAUUACUGUACUAAAUAAUAUUUGACAUUCUAGGUGGAUUAAUUUGUCUGAUGUUG